UCUCGUGUCGGAUCUGGUGGCGACCAUGUGGACGCCCGUGCCGCUGCUGCUGCUCCUGUCCGCCGGACUGCACGCCCAGCUCACACUCGACCCCAACCCGAGGUGCGUGGCGCGGCGCGAGUUCACGUGCGCCGGCUCGCUGCAGUGUGUGCCGAUGUCGCAGCGGUGUGACGGUCGCAGAGACUGUCCACAGGGGGACGAUGAGAUGGGCUGCCCGUGCAGAGCGGAUCAGUGGCAAUGUGACGACGGACAGUGCAUCGACAUAAGGCUCAAGUGCAACGGCGUGCGCGACUGUCCCGACGGCGACAUUUCCGACGAGAGUGAGAGCCAGUGCGGCUCGCGCACCGAUACCUGCUCGCCGCUGGAGCUGCGCUGCGGGGACGGGUCCUGCGUCGAUCUGCGCCGAAAGUGUGACGGUUUCAACGACUGCAGUGAUGGCGCCGACGAGAGAGACUGCGAGUGCGGUGCUGACCAGUGGCCCUGCGGCGCCGGGGUCUGCGUGGCGGCGGCGGCGCGCUGCGACGGCCGCCAGGACUGCGCCAGCGCUGCCGACGAGCGCGACUGCCAGUGCCGGUCCGGCGAGCGGCGCUGUAACAGCGGCGAGUGUCUGCCCGAGUCGCGCUGGUGCGACGGAGCGAGCCAGUGCCGAGACGGCUCCGAUGAGCUCAACUGCGAGUGCUCUGAGGACGAGUUCCAAUGUGGCAACGGCUACUGUAUCACAAUCAAGAACAAAUGUGACGGCAUUCGCAAUUGCCAGGACGGCACAGACGAACAAAACUGCCCUCCCGUCUGCGCCAAUAAUGAGUUCACCUGCACCAACGGCACGUGUAUCCGCGGCGAGCUGCGCUGCGACCGCGUCAUCCACUGUCCGGACGGCUCGGACGAGGCCGGCUGCCCGCCGCGCUGCCGUCCGGAUCAGUUCGCCUGCGCCGACGGCCGCUGUCUCAGCGUGGCCCAGAAGUGUAACGGUGUGCCCGAGUGUCCGGGCGCCGAGGACGAGACGGGCUGCGCCGGCUGCGGCCCGGAGGAGUUCCGCUGCGGGGACGGCCUGUGCAUCCCCUUCCUGCGCGCCUGUGACGGGCUCCGCGACUGCCGGGAUGGCUCCGACGAGGAGCCCAGCCGCUGUCCGGACCCGGAUCCGAUGCCGACCCUCUGUGAGGCCGACGACUUCCGCUGUACGGACGGCAGCUGUGUGCCCGGAACACGUCGCUGCGACUCGACGGUCGACUGUCCGGACGGCUCCGACGAACAGGGCUGCAUGCCGUCGUGCGGAGAGGACUUCACGUGCGUCUCGUCGGGCCAGUGUUUAGCGGCGCGGCGCGUCUGUAACGGCUUUCCCGACUGUUCGGACAGCAGUGACGAGGCCAACUGCACGCGGCCCGGCUGUGAGCCGGGGGACGUGACCUGCUCGGACGGCGCCUGUGUCUCCGCCUCGGCGCGCUGCGAUGGAGUCAGCGACUGCGUGGACGGCGCCGACGAGAUCGGCUGCGCGUGCCGCCCGGACCAGUUCCGCUGCAGGGACGGCUCCUGUAUCGCCGGAAAUCGUCGCUGCGACGGCGCCGUCGACUGCUCCCAGGGAGACGACGAGCUCGAGUGUGGCCCUGUCCCGUGCCGAGCCGACGAGCACCGCUGUGGGGACGGCACCUGCCUGUCCAGCUCGCGCCGCUGUGACCGCGUGGUGGACUGCGCCGACAGCUCCGACGAGCAGGGAUGCCCGUGCACGGAUGCCGAGUUCCGCUGUGGGGACGGCACCUGUAUCGCCCAGUCACGGGUGUGUGACCAGCAGUACGACUGCCGCGACUACACCGACGAAUUGAACUGCGUUCCCGAGUGCCGGGCCGAGGAGCAUCAGUGCGGCGACGGCCGCUGUAUCCCGGCCUCCCGUAAAUGUGACGGCCGGCCCGACUGUGCCGACUUCUCCGACGAGGACCCCACCGUCUGCCAGUGUCGCUGGGACCAGUGGCGGUGCGGAUCACAAGAGUGCAUCGAUUUGGCGGCGCGCUGUGACCAGCGCAGCGACUGUCGUGACGGCUCCGACGAACAGGGGUGCCCGUGCCGCCCCGACCAGUGGCAGUGUCAGAGUGGUCAGUGUGUGGAUCUGGCCGACCGCUGUAACCGGCGGUACGAGUGUCGCGACGGAUCCGACGAACAAAACUGCCCGCCGCCAGAGCUGGUGUGCUCCCCCGGUGAGUUCCGUUGCGCCGACGGCCGCCGCUGUCUGCCCGACUACCUGAAGUGUAACGGCCGCGCCGACUGUGCCGAUGGAAGCGACGAGACCGACUGUGGAGCGCGAUGCGGCCCGGAUGAGUUUGCCUGUGCCGACGGCAGUCGCUGCAUUCCCUCCUCGCGGGUCUGCAACGGCUACCCGGAGUGCGCAGACUCCAGUGAUGAGCGAGACUGCGGUGUGCGGCCGACUCGCCCUACCGUGCCCCCGAGGCCGGUGGGGGCCAUUCAACUGGCGACCUACCCCAGCCAACAGACCACGCGAGAGAGGAACGAGGUGGUAUUCCAGUGCCGAGACGAGGGGCCGCGCCGACUGCCGGUGCGAUGGACCCGGGGAGCCGGCCGACCGCUGCCCCCGCGCGCCCUCCAGAGGCAGGGCCGCCUCACCAUCCCCGAUGUGCAGGUGGCUGACGGCGGCACGUACCAGUGUGAGGCCGAGGGGGUGCCGCUGAGCACACCAGGAGCCUCGGUCACCGUUGCACUUCAGGUGGAGCCCUAUGACCGUCCCGACCCGCCGCCGGCGACAGCCUGUAGUCGCGUGGAGGCCACCUGUCGCGACGGCUCGUGUAUCCCGCGGGCCCGCGUCUGUGACGGCGAGCGAGACUGCCCGGACGGCUCGGACGAGUCGCGCUGCAAUCUGAGUGGAUGUCAGCCCAACGAGUACCAGUGCGCCAACCGGAAAUGUGUGCUGAAAACAUGGCGCUGCGACGGCGAUAACGACUGUGGGGACAACUCGGACGAGGAGGGAUGCACGCCGCCGCCGCCAGGCUCGCCGUGCAGCUACAACGAGUUCCAGUGCCGGGACACGGCGGCCGGCGCCGGCCAGUGCAUCCCGCGCGCGUUCCAUUGUGACGGACAGGUGGACUGCCAGGACCGAACCGACGAGGUCGGAUGCUCUACGCCGGUGAUCGUCGAGCCGCCGCCGCCGAUGCUGUCGGUCGACAUCGGCUCCGUGUUCGUGAUCCGGUGUCUGGCCUACGGUACGCCCGAGCCGGAGAUCUCGUGGCGCCUCAACUGGGGCCACGUGCCGCCCAAGUGUAGCCAGGAAAGUGAGGACGGCCAGGGCACGCUCACCUGUCCGGACGCCCAGGUGUCCGACCAGGGCGCCUACUCGUGCGAGGCCAUCAACAUCAAGGGCUCCGUGUUCGCCAUCCCGGACACUGUGGUGGUGGUGUCGGGCGCCGGCGGCAUCUGUCAGCCACCCGACUUCAACAGCGCCGCGCUCACCAACGCCGACUGCCAGCGCUGCUUCUGCUUCGGCGCCACCACUGACUGCUUCAGCUCCGGGCUGGCGCUCUCAGAGCUGCCGCCUCCCAACCCGGGCGACAUAUCGCUGGUGGCCAUGGCGCCCGACUUUGUGGCCAGCGGGCCGGGACGCGGGGAGCUGAGCCGCUACCUGACCGUCGCGCCCGGUAACGCGGUGCAGGUACAGUCGCUGCCGGGCGUGGCCGGUACGCCGUACUUUGCCCUGCCGGCGAGCCACACAGGCCGUCAGCUGAACAGCUACGGGGGCUACCUGCGGUACAACCUGCAGCCGCCCACCGCAGCCGGACGCCGCGAUCCCAGCGUCGUUAUCACGGGUAACGGUAUGGUGCUGAAGUACACUCCGGAUCUGGCCGGCUACGCCAAUAGUACGGUGCAGAUCAGGGAGGGCGUCUUCUAUCGGUCCGACCCGCGCGGGGGCGCCGACGUGCCCGCCUCGCGAGAGGAUAUCAUGAUGGUGCUGGCGAACAUCGACCAAUUCCUCAUCGGCGUGCCUCUCAGCGCGGACGGCCGGUACCAGGGCGUACUGAGUAACGUGCGUCUGGAGACGGCCACGGCGGGUGCCGGCGGCGGCCGUGGCUCGGCCGUGCUGGUGGAGCAGUGUCGCUGCCCGCCCGGCUACAGCGGACUUUCCUGUGAGGAGUGCGCCCCCGGCUACGAGCGUACGGCGGGCCAGUACCUGGGCCGAUGUGAGGAGCGGCCGCGCGACUGUCCGCCGGGCCAGUACGGCGACCCGCGCCGGCGCAUCCCCUGCCGGCCGUGCGAGUGUCCCGGUGGACCUGGACAGUUCGGCCAGACGUGUCGGCUGGGCUCGGACGACCGAGUGACGUGCGACUGCCCGCCGGGCUACGUGGGCCGUCAGUGUGAGCGGUGCGCGCCCGGAUACCAGGGCAACCCCACGGCGGGCGUCCCGUGCACCACAGAGGCCCAGUGUGACCCUGCCGGCUCUUACGACCCCACUCCGGACCCGCAAACCGGCCUCUGCCGCUGUAAGGAGUUUGUCACCGGCGCCCGCUGUGACCAGUGCAAGAGCAGCGCGUUCUUCCUAGGCACCACCAACCAGCACGGCUGCAUCAACUGCUUCUGCAUGGGCGUCACCGACCGGUGUACCUCGUCCAACUGGUACCGGCAAAAGGAGACGGCCAUUUUCACGGACAGCACUCAGGGCUUCGAGCUGACUGACGAGCUGGCUGAGGCGGUGUACGAGGGAACCUCUGUCAACUCGCCGGCGCAGGAGCUCGUCAACAACGGACUGGGACGGGUCGGACGAGGGCCGCUCUACUGGCGCCUGCCCGCCCGCUUCCUGGGCGACAAGUGCGUCUCGUAUGGCGGAGACCUCUCGUACCGACUGCGCUUCUCGGGCGGACCCGGCGGACGGCCCUUCCGCGACUUCGGGGACGUCGAAAUCUUCGGUAACGACAUCCGUCUGAAGCACACGUACCAAUCGGAGCCGGAGCCGGGCCGGCCGGUCGAGAUCAGCGUGCCGUUCCUGGAACAGUACUGGACGCACGCGGACGCGCGCCGCGCCAGCUCUGUGGACCGCGAGCACCUGAUGAUGGCGCUGGCGGACCUGGAGUACAUCCUGAUCAAGGCGGCGCCCACCGACGCCGCCCAACAGUCGGCACUGUCUGAGGUCUCCAUGGAUAUCGCCGUGCCGCAGAACACCGGUCUGGAGCGGGCCGACGCUGUCGAGCAGUGCUCCUGCCCGCGCGGAUAUAAGGGUCUCUCCUGCGAGGACUGCGACUUUGGCUAUACGCGCAGCAGUGACGGCCUCUACCUGAGCACCUGUGUUCGCUGCAACUGCAACGGCCGCAGCGACGAGUGUGACCCGGAGGACGGCUUCUGUCUGAACUGCCGGGAGAACACUGCCGGCGAGCGGUGCGAGGUGUGCGCUCCCGGAUACCGCGGCGACCCGAUGAGCGGCCAGCCGUGCCGGCCCGACACCAGCCGACCGUGUGACUGCGACCCGCGCGGAACGCUGCCCGGCUACAGUGACUGCGACGCCAACCGGCAGUGCCAGUGCAAGAGGGCCGUCGAGGGUCUCAGCUGCGACCGGUGCCGUCCCAACUUCUUCGCGCUGAUGGCCGACAACCCGGAGGGCUGUCUGCGCUGCUUCUGCUCGGGCGUCAGCCAGCAGUGCUCGGAGGCCACAUACUACCGCACCCAGAUUCCCAUGCAGGUGGUGGACGACCAGCACGGCUUCUCCCUCGUCAACAGGCUCCGUACCACGGUGCUGGGCGGAGAGACUCUCAGUAUCAACACUGCUGAGAACGAGCUCGGCUACCAGCAGUUUUCGCCCAGGGGUUCGGAGAGCGGCGAGAGCCUCUACUGGUCGCUGCCCGACCGGAACUUCCUGGGCAAUCGGCUCACCUCGUACGGCGGAAAGCUGACGGCGCUGCAGCGUUACGAGGUGCAGCCCGGCGCCAACGCCUACAGUGACGCGGACGUCAUCAUCAGAGGAAACGGCGUUCAACUGAGCUGGGUCAACCCGCGCGGCAGCCCGCUGCCCGGCAGGUCGAGCUCGUUCGAGGUGGAGCUGUCAGAGGAGGCCGGCUGGACGCGUCUCGAGGACGGCCGUCCGUCGGCGCCGGCCGACCGCCAGGACGUGAUGACCGCGCUGGCCGCUGUGGACGCCAUCCUGGUGCGCGCCACGUUCUCCAGUGGCAUGCAGAGCACGUUCAUCAGUAACGUGGUGCUGGACACGGCCAUCCGAGCGGACACCCAGCAGGGCAUCGCUCGUGGCAUCGAGCAGUGUCGCUGUCCUCCGGAGUAUACUGGUCUCUCGUGCCAGGAGUGCGCGCCGCACCACUACCGGGUGACCACGAGCCCCAACGGGCCGUGCCGCCAAUGUCCUUGCAACGGUAACGACGAGAGCUGCUUCCUCGGACCGGAAGGCGUCCAGUGCCGCUGCCGGCCCGGCUUCUCGGGACAGUACUGCGAGGGUCCGGGCGGCACGCCGCCGACGCCCACCAUCUCUGUCUCAGUCAGCGAGCCAAUCGUGGUGGCCCAGGUCGGCGAGAGAGCCACGCUCUUCUGCUCGGCGCGCUCCCUCAACGGAGAGCGGGUGUCAGUGCGCUGGUACAAAGAGUCUGGCGAGCUGCCCGACCGGGCCACCGAUGACCGCGCCGGCCUGCUGGUCAUCCGCGCGGUCAUCUCGUCCGACUCGGGCAUCUACGUGUGUGAGGCGCGCGACUCCGUCUCCACCGUCACGGAGCAGACCGAGCUCCGGGUGGGAGGAGGCGGCACUCGCCCGCCGCGGGUCACCAUCUCUCCACGCUUCCUGCAGCUGACCGCUGGUGAGCCGGCGCAGCUCGAGUGCUCGGCCGACGGCAGCCCGCAGCCCACCAUCGAGUGGACCGGCGGCCGACAGGGCCGCCUGGAGCCAGACGUUUCGAUCGUGGACGGCAUGCUGGUGAUCGGCGCCGUGCGGAAGGAGCACGAGGCUCAGUACGUGUGCACCGCCACCAGCGCGGCCGGAACCGACUCGGUCACCACGGCCAUCUACGUGUCCGGAGACGUGGUGCCGCCGACGGAGCCAUUCGGUGACGUUCGGCCCGAGCAGGUGUCGGUGCGGCCCGGCCAGCCGGUGCGGGUCACCUGCCGCGCGCGCGACCCCGGCGCCUCUGUGUCGUGGCGCCGAGAGUCCGGCCGCCUGCCGCUGAGGGCCACUACUGCACAGGGAGAGCUGAACAUCCCGAACCCGGUGCCGGCCGACUCGGGUAUCUACAUCUGUACCAUUACCAUCUCAUCGGGCAGGAGCGAGGAGCAGCGGGUGCGGGUGGAGGUGGUGGGCGGCCCCGUGACGACGACGCCGACCGGAGUGCUGCCCACGGCGCGCGUGGAGCCCAACCGACAGACGGUGGCCCAGGGCACGACCAUCACACUGCGCUGCCUGACUGAGGGCUCUCCGCCGCCCGAGGUGACGUGGUCCAAGGCGGGUGAGCCGCUACCGGCGCGCGCCGACCAGCGCGGAGGAGUGCUGACCAUCCCGGCAGCCGACGUGUCCGACCGCGGCCUGUACGUGUGCCGCGCCACCAACUCGGUCGGCACCGCUCAGACGUCGGCCAUCGUCGAGGUGGAGCCCUGCCGGCCGGGCGAGGUGGCCUGCCGCUCUGGGCGGCAGUGUGUGCUGCGCCGCUACCUCUGCGACGGCGUGUUCGACUGCACGGAUAGCUCGGAUGAGGAGGGCUGCGGCCCCGACCGGCCAGGUCGCGAGGUGCCCAGUGUGGAGAUCUACCCGGAGAGCUCUGUGACCGUCACCCGCGGAGGCUCGGCGCUCUUCCAGUGCCGUGUCAACGCCGGUGCGCCGGCUCCGGAACUGGUGUGGACGCGCGCCGACCGCCGCCCGCUGCCGACCACCGCCGAAACGCUGGACGGCGGCGUCAUCAGGUUCAUCCGAGUGACCGGUGACGAAGAGGGCGAGUACAUCUGCACGGCGACCAACCUGGCCGGCACGACCACGGCCACGGCCACCCUGAACAUCGAGUCUCCGCCGGUCAUCACACUUUCACAGCCCACUCAGUACAGGGUGCGCGAGGGCCAGCAGGUGAGCCUGGAGUGCCGCGCCACCGGCGACCCUCUGCCGUCCGUGUCAUGGGAGUCGCCGGCGGCCGCGCUGCCGGGCCCGCCGGCGCCCCCGUCCCGUCAGACGGGCCAGGCGCUGCUGCGGAUCGGCGCCGCCAGCCGGCGCGACUCGGGCGUGUACACGUGCCGCGCGACCAACUCGGCCGGCCAGACCGAGCAGCGGCUGCAGCUGCUGGUGGACGCCGAGCCGACCCGGCCCGAGCCCACCCGGCCGGGGCCCAUCCGACCCGAGCCGGAGGGCCCGCUCCGACCCUCCGAGGACGUGUACCGCGUGCCGCUCAACGGCCGCGCUGAACUCACCUGCUACGUGGUCGAUUCGAAGCGCGACAUCCUAAUCAACUGGAUCCGGUCGGACGGCCGCGAGAUGCCCGAGCAGUACCUGGUGCGUGACGGCACCCUCUACAUCAACAACGUACAGAAGGAGGCCGAGGGCCGCUACACCUGUAUCGGACUGGGCGCCUCGGGCACCGUGCUGUUCGAGGCCAACGCCACGCUGCGGGUGAUUGCGCCGCCGAAGAUCCAGCUGGACCCGGUGCGCCAGGUGGUGCAGCCCGGCGACAACGUGCUCAUCUACUGCUCAGCCACCGGCGACCAGCCCAUCACACUGCGCUGGGCCAAACAGGACGGACAGCUGCCCAGAUCGGUGGCCGUCCGGGACGGAGAACUGAACUUCCGAGGUAUUGCUGUCACCGACGCCGGCCGAUACGUGUGCACCGCCGAAAACUCGGCCGGACGAGCUGAGGGAGUGGCUGAGGUCAUUGUUAGCGCGGGCCCGUCUGUGACGGCGCUGGACCGCGACGUCACCGCCUUCGCUGGCUCCACGGUCAACAUGCAGUGCGACACGACCGGCUUCGAGGGCGGCCGACUGGUGUGGCGCCGGGAGCGUGGACCGCUGCCGGCCGGCGCCUACUACGAGGACAACACGCUCAGACUGGAGAACGUCGACGAGUCGGCGUCAGGCACAUACAUCUGCGAGGUGCGGGACCGGGCCGGCCGGUCGGGCCGCGAUACAGUGCGACUCGUGGUGCAGCCCUCCGAGGACUCCGUCGAGGAGGUGGCCAUCCGAAUCGUGCCGUCGCGUGACUCGGCGCCCGUCGGUGCCACGCUCGACCUCACGUGCCAGGUGACGGGCGCCGAGGGCACGCGCGCCUCGUGGCAGCGCGUGAACGCUCCGCUGCCGCCGGGCGCCAUCGCUCGCGGUAACCAGCUGCGCCUGUCCGAGCUGACUGCCGACGACGGUGGCCUGUACCGCUGCACGGUGAUGACAAGAGGAGGCGCCGAGUACACAGAGGACUACGUGCUGGCCAUCCAAGUGCCGCCGGCGCCGGACGUGCUGGUACCGGAGCGCUCGGCCCCGGAGACGGUGCGCGCCCGUCUGACGGCGCCCGUCGAACUGCGGUGUCGCAGCCCGCUGCCGGGGCCGCUCAGCUACACGUGGACCAAGUCGGACGGACCGAUGCCGGCCGGUCUGGUCACCAGCCAGGAGACGCUGUCAAUUGACGUUGCGCGCGUCGAGCACGCCGGCAUGUACGUGUGCACGUCUCGUAACGCGCAGACCUCCACGGACACGACCACCGUGCUCCUGGUGACCGAGGUGGUGCCCUCGUUCGGCGCCUCGGACGGCUCCUUCGUGGCGCUGGAGACCAUUCCAGACGCCUAUCUCAGCUUCGACGUGGAGCUGUCGUUCCGGCCGGCCGCUAUGGAUGGCCUGCUGCUGUACAACGGCCAGCAGUCGACUGGAGACGGCAGCGGCGGCGACUUUGUCUCGUUCGGCCUGCGCGAGGGCUACCCAGAGUUCCGGUUCAAGCUGGGCGGCGCGCCGGCAGUGCUCCGCUCGCGGCGUGCCGUCAUCAUGGACAUGUGGCACACGGUCCGGCUGCAGCGCGACAAGAACAGAGGAAAGAUGACGGUGGACGGUAACACGGAGGUGGAUGGCGAGGCGGACGGAGAGUAUGUCGGCCUGGACCUGGACGAGCCGCUCUACAUCGGAGGCGUGCCAGACUUCGCGCAGAUCCACCCCGAGAGCGGCUUCGACCGCGGAUUCAUCGGCUGCGUGGCGCGACUCUCGGUCUCUGGCGUGCUGUAUAGCCUGCAGUCGGACGCGCUGGACAGACGCGACGUGCGUCAGUGUGAGGUGUGUCGCACCGACUCGUCCUGCGACAACAGCGGCCUGUGCCAGGAGGCGCUCAAUGAGCGGGGCCACCGCUGCAUCUGUGCCGCCGGAUUCACCGGGCCCACCUGCUCCGAGGCCGGACAGGUGUGCUACCCAGGUGCCUGCGGCUCGGGCCGCUGCGUGAACGCUCCGGGCGGCUUCACCUGCUACUGUCCUUUCGGCAAGACGGGUGCCCGCUGCGAGCGAGAUAUCGUCAUCACAGAGCCCAACUUUGGCGGCGACAGCUACAUUACCUACGACACGCCCCGGGCCAUCAGACAACUGAAGUUUGACCUGCUGCUGAAGCCUGAGAAGGUCGAGGACGGCCUGCUGCUGUACGCCGCACAGAACGAACAGGGCCAGGGCGACUUCGUGGCGCUCGCCAUCAAGGACAAACACGUCGAAUUCCGGUACGACACGGGCACCGGCGCCGCCGUGCUGCGCAGUCCCGAGGAGGUCAAACAGGGAGAGUGGAUCAAAAUCGCCGGCACACGCCAGAUGAGGGACGGCACGCUCCGGGUCAACGACGGUGAGGAGGUGCUGGGUAAGUCCCCGGGCAGCACGCGCGGCCUGAACCUGCAGACGCCGCUGUAUCUGGGCGGCGUGGACCGGCAGCGGGUGCGUGUCAGCGACGGCGUGGGCGUGCAGCGCGGCCUCAUCGGCUGCGUCGGCUCGCUGCGCGUCGACGACCGCGAGCUGGAGCUGCUCGACGGCCGCCAGGACGCGGCCAACGUGGACCAAUGCGCGCCGUCGCGGCCCUGCGAGCGGCGGCCGUGCCUGAACGGCGCCUCCUGCCGGGACACCGGCUACCAGCCCGACCAGUUCCAGUGUGACUGCGUCGGCGGCUUCUCCGGAAAACGCUGCGAGGUCUCACAGGACGACUGCGCCCGGAACAACCCGUGUCAGAACGGUGGCGAGUGUGUCCAGAGGGCCGGCAUGACCGCCUGCAACUGUCCGCUCGGCUUCGGCGGCAUCUACUGCGAGCGAGAGGUGGAGCUCAGCUCUCACCUGUGGUUCGACAUGCACUCGUACGCCGAGCUGCCGCUGAAGCUGCUGCCGCACCAGUCCAACUCGCAGCCCGAGACGGUCAACAUCACCUUCUCGACGCUGGAGGAGGACGGCCUGCUCUUCUUCCACGGACAGACUGCGCGCGAGCGCGGCGCCGGACAGGACUACAUCGCCAUCGCCGUGCGGGCGGGCCGGCCGGAGCUGAGUUUCGAGCUCGGCUCGGGCCCGCUGCGGAUCACGCUGCCGCAGCGGGUGGCGGACGGCCGCCAGCACACGCUGGUGGCGCGCCGCACCGGCCGCCAGGGCGAGCUGCUGCUCGACGACACCUACUCGGAGAGCGGCGAGACGCCCGGCUACCUGACCAUGAUGAACACCAACGGCAACAUCUACAUCGGCGGUCUGCCCGACUUUGAGCUGAUGACGGACGGCCGGUUCGCGAUGGGUCUGGUCGGCUGCGUACACCAGCUCUCCAUCCAGGGAGACCCGGUGGACUUUACCACUGAUCUGCAGGGAGGCGCCAAUGUCAGCCCCUGUACCGGGGACGAGGGCGCGCCGCUGUCACUGCCGGACCUGGGAGGUGGCACGGACCCCAUCCCGCCGCCCGAGUACCCGCCGCUCGACUAUGUCCCAGAGUACGACUACGAUUACAACGGCGGACAGGCGCAACUGGCCAACGCCAGCGAGCGCACACCGUACUACGACUUCGAUAACAACUACAACAACGACUAUGACAACUACUCGUACGACUAUGAUCAGAACAAUGAUUACCUGCAGGGCGUAUGGAACGACCUGCUGCAGUGAGCGGCCGCGGUGCCUUGCCGGCCGCGCCGGCCGCCGCCGGAGGUACACAGGCCCUCCCGGCCGGCGGCGGCGACUACCGAAUCUCGUCUGAAACUCGUGCCAAGCCGGCGGCCCGCGCGCCGCCCGGUUCACUAUGUAUAUGGAGUGCGUGUGCGCCGCGCCGCCGGCCAACUAGCUUGCUGUACGUAGGUGGCGAGUGGUGGGGCCUCGGCGCGGGGCGGACCGCCAUCGGCGCGCUGCAGCGCCGCGCCCAGUCACUGCCAUCGCUUCCCCUGGCCGGUCACCGGUCCGGCGGGCCGCUCCCAGUCAGUCCCCACUAGUCAGUGUGCGCCGCGCCCGCCGACAUCCCCCACCCCCCGCUGCAGGGGCGCCGCUCGUCAGUCAGGAUUAAUUUGGCUUCGCUUCCACAUAUCAGUGUCAGUUCACAGUUCGGCGGCUGCUUCUCUGGCCGCCCCCGUCUCCGAGGCAGCCGUCUCGGGCCGCUCCGCCCCUGGUACGGCCUCACUGGCCGCCCCCGCCCGCCGUGGCCGCCUCUCGCCGCCCGUCACUAGCGGCCCGCGGCCCGCGCUCUCUCAGCUUGGUCCCCAGCGCGUCAGUGGAGUGGUGUUGAUGUAGCAGUGACGCCGCCGUACACUUGCUCUAUGUCUAUUUGUAUUUUAAACGUGUCGCCAAUAAAGUCAGAUUCUACUAUC